AUGGUAUCCUCGAUCGUGCCCCCAAAGAUCGCCUCUCCAACCGCUAUCGGCGGCGCCGCGGAUGCCGCCCGCAUGCAAAGAGUCGUCUCCUUCUACGAGAGGCUACCGCGAGGGAAAGCUCCGGAACCAAAAGCAAAGGGUUUCUUCGAUUGGUACAGACUGAGAUAUAUGACUGGCCGCAACCCAUCUGUCAUGCCGCUCGUACACAUCAUCGGCGGCAUGCUCGUCAUCGGCUACGCACAGAACUACUACUUCCAUCUGCGACACCACAAGAACAACGCGCAUUGA